AUGCAGGACGCAAAAUCAGCACAUCGGCCGCCGGUCACGCGGCUUCGGCCUCUGCAUACACGCAAUGAGGUUGACAAGAAAUCAUUGUCAGCUCUGUUGAGUUGGACGAGCUCGCUUGGAACGCGGACGAACAAGAACACCAUACUUCAAGGCUUUGUGAAACUCGUCUCCCAAAUCAUAAUUGUCGACUCAGGCGAGGCGUUCUGUAUUCAAUAUGCCGCACUUGGCGGCUACAUUCAUGCUCGAGCUGGUGAGGACAAUCAAGAUGGCAGCUAUACUUUUGUACAUCACGGUGAGGGUCAAGGGGAUAUCUGUACCGACUUUUCCAUCGGAUCAGGAAAGAGCCUACAACUUCACAUGAUAGACGGCCGGAUAGAGCUGAUGGCUCAAGCCAGCAUGAUUCCCCAACCAGCCCUUGAUGCCUUGGGUCAAAUGCUCCAAGAUAUAAUUCUCCACCUGCAGAAGUCUCCUCAUAACACAAGUCCCCUACAAUGGACCCAGCCCUCUGUGUUGAACCACCCCCCUCAAGACAGGCCGAUAGCAUUAUGGCCAGGCGAAAAUCAGGCUGCCGAGCCGGCUCUUCUUCACCGGCGGUUUGAGCAAAGAGUGAGAGAUUUCCCUCAGAGGGUUGCCCUGGACUUUCUUACAGAUCUUGAGACUGGCAAGAGGACACAAUAUACUUACCAGCAGGUUUCAAAUAUUGCCACCGCAUUAGCGCUGGAUCUUUAUCAAACGAGCUGCAAAUCAAACGCAGCGGCGAUGACAGUUGCCGUGCAUAUGGGUCCGUGUCCUGAACUAUACGUCAGUUAUAUUGCUGCUCUGAAAGUCGGCCUGGCUUUCUGUCCAAUCCCAAUCGAUGCACCUUAUGAGAGAAAAGCUGCAUUGCUGGAGGACUUGAAGCCAGUGGCAGUUCUUGAGGAAGAAUCUGGUGGUCCUCUCAAGAAUGUCGUGGAGAGUAUUGGCGUGACUAGAUAUCUUGACGCGUGUGACGUUGAGCCUCAACGUCGCCCAUCUUUCGUUUCUCCCUCUGAAACAGACGCGGCCUACAUUCUGUACACAUCAGGCACGACAGGCAUACCAAAAGGCGUUAUCAUUAGCCACAUCUCUGCAGCUUGUACUAUUAGCGCUCUGAGCAAUCACUAUGGAUUUUGCACCCCAGGCAGUUUGCCUUCCCACCGACCGGUUCGAUGGUUUCAAGGCGCCGCGCCGACUUUCGAUAUUUCGCUUUUUGAGAUUUUCUGGACACUCAGCACCGGUUCGACGCUGUGCUGCGCUGCCAGGCAUCUCACUAUGCAGGAUGUGGACAAGGUGGUCACUACACUAGAGGCUGACAUUACCAAUGUCACACCCAGUUUUGCCAGCCUAAUUGAUCCACGCUCAAUGCGUGGUCUCAUGGUAGGUGGCGAAACACUUAAUACUCGACUUCUGCAAGACUUUUCUUGCUAUAAUCCCUCGACUAAGGAUACUCUAGCAGUGCCACGGGGCAUCUACAACGGGUACGGACCUACAGAAGUGACCAUCUAUUCAGUUGCUCAAGCGCAUGUGCCCAAGAACCAGCGCGGCUCUGUUAUUGGCACACCGUUGUUGACUUGUGGAGUUCUCAUCGUAGACACUGAAGCUCAAGGUCUGGAACCUGUGCCCAUGGGCGCGGAUGGCGAGCUGGUUCUCACGGGUGCCCAGGUCAGCAGGACUGGCUACCUCAAUCGACCCGAAGAGACAACCAAGGUCUUUAUAGAUGAUCCCAAGUGGGGUCGUGCGUACAGGACUGGUGAUCGCGCCAGGAUUGUGUGGAAUGAGCAAGGCGAGGCUCUCGUCGAGUUCUUGGGACGAAUAUCUGACGGCCAGGUGAAACUGAGCGGCAGGCGUGUCGAACUUGGCGAGAUUGAGAGUGUCUUAGCAAGCAAGGUAAAAGACCUUAAACAGGUGCUGGCCUGUGUCUGGAAGCCCAAAAAUGGCUCAUUGGGCUCAGAGAAAGUUGUCAGUCUCGUCGUUGUUGACCCAAAGAGCGCGCUGAGCUUUGAAGUGGUAAAAUCACAAUGCCUGGAGGCAGCGCCACGUCAGCUACCGGAAUAUAUGGUACCCGUACAUUUUCUUCAAGUUGACACUCUGCCUCAAUCAACUUCUGGCAAGGUUGACCGCAAAGCAGCGUCAGCAUACGUGCAAAGUAUUCUGCAUCAAUCCAGAAGAAGCGAAGCUCAGGGAUUACAGGAAGGGUUUUUGGAACAGUCUGAGGAUGCCACACUGGAAGCUGAUAUCAUCAAGAUACUCUCAGAUAUUAUUUGUGACGAUUCAGCUCUUACACAUUCACUCAAAGCCACAACAUUGCUCAGUGAGGCCGGAGUCGAUAGUCUCUGCGCUAUGCGGCUUUUGCGUGAUAUUAGGAACCUGUGGCCAGACUCGAAGCAUCUUCAGCCAUCAUUAGGCUUGCUACUCGACCCCAAAGCCAGCAUUCGAUCUGUCUUCGGUUCAGCUUCUGCGGGUCUAGCUAUGGACAAAACUCGGGCGCAACGACAGAUCGCCGACUUUGCUUCGCGCCACACACUUGAGUUGAUCGAGAAGCUCGGUUCCAUUGGCCAAGCCGACAUUGAAAUGGUGUUGCCUGCAACAAGCACACAAAGUCAGUUGGCUGUGAGCUUUGCUAUGGACCGACGAAACUAUGUCAGCCAUACAAUUCUACCUCUCAGAGAAAACGUCUCGCUUGAGGCUCUUGAGGAAGCCGUCAAUGACGUCUUGUGCCGACAAGCCAUCUAUAGGUGUGCCCUCGUCUCAUGUGACGAUGAACUAUCACCAUUUUCUCUGGUGGUCUUGAAGCCUGACGCCUGGCACAGAUGGACGGCUGAUAGUCGCAGGGUCGUCCGUAGACAGGGUACCACCACUGAUGGUGCUCAAGAAUGCAUAGAAUUGGCCCAUCAGUACUUAGAUCUUGAGUCACAGAAGUUAUUCUACAUACAGAUUGUCGAGUCUGAAGGCGAUAGUGGAUUGGUUGUCAUUAGCCUGGCGCACUGUCUCUGCGAUGGCGCGUCACUAGAGGUUCUACUCAGUGACAUAUCUAGGGAAUAUACGGGCCUCGAUCCUCUCCCACGGCUUGGUAUCGAGGACGCUGUGCUGGACUGGGUCUCAUGCUUAGACACUGAAACCGACAAGCAAUGGCGAGAAGCACUUCGAGGCUGGGAGGUAGAACGCUUCCGCGCAUUGAGCGGCAACAACAUAAACUCGUCCAACCCAGGCGUUCCAGCUGAUUAUGGACAUGCCAUGGUCCAGAUUGCAAGUGAUCUACAAUGGCAGACGCUCGAAGCCAGCUGUAAGGCAUUGGGUGCAUCGCCCCUCUCUGUCUUGCAGGCAUCUUGGUCCUUGCUCCUACAAAUCUUCUCUGAAGCAAACACUGGGGACAUUGUAUUUGGUAGUGUCAUCUCUGGCCAACACGAGGCUACUCAUGCGCCUACAUUCUCCGUAGCGCCAUGCCGGGUCGCGCUGCCUGACCGUCAGACGGUUGGCGAGCUCCUUGACAGCCUCAUUAGGGGCUCCAGGUUCGCCCAGAGACACCGCCACAUGUCUUUUGGUACAUUCGAAACCUUGCCGUACAAUACUGCUUUGGCUCUUCAGGCGUACUCUCCCCCCAAAGCUGGCUCAGACCAAUUUCGGACUCAGGAUGCCGCAGUGGUGGUACCUUGGGCCGGGACUGGGAUGCGCAACCCGGCGAUCCGGUACGAUUUCGACAUAUUUGUAGAGGUCUUCCCAGCUGAUCCCGGUCCUCUCUCUGAUGGCUUCCAAACGGAAACCAUGUCGUUCAAGCUCACAUACCGUAACGACGCCCUGUCGUACACGUCGGCCCGAGUUAUUGUGAAGCAGCUCGAAGCAAUGACCAAGGUACUGCUUAACUCCAAAGCUGACGAUCUUGUGCAGACUCUACCGGCUCGACUACCCAGGGGCUUGCUGUCUGCGGAAGGCACCAUCCCAUUGCCAAUGGAAGAGCCGCAAGAACGCAUCCAGCUUCUCCAUGCUCAGUUCGAGAAACAGGCUGCAGCAACACCAGAUCUGUUAGCCCUGAGCUUCUAUACGGCCCUUGAUGCUGCGCCUGUCGAAUUAACCUACGCAGAGCUCGAUGUUAGGGCCAAUGGUCUGGCGAACAUUCUGCGUGAAGAAGACGUUGAUAUAAUUCCUAUUUGUAUACAGCGUAGCGUUGAGCUGUACAUCUCCAUUCUGGCCAUUCUCAAGGCUGGCUCGGCCUGGUCUCCCAUCGACGAAACCUCGCCAAUUCAGAGACGAACCUCGUUGAUUGCCAGAACACAGGGAAAGGUUCUUCUCACAAACACCAACUCCUUCCACUUGGUUGAACCCUGCUUAGCCCACGAGAGUCUAGCCGGUGUCCGUGUGAUUCUUGUCGACCAAUACGUAAACCACAAAACAUCUGUGAGAGCCGCACCGCGACGCAGUAUCCAAGUUUCACGAUCUGAUAUCGGAGGACAAGACCUUGCCUACCUCCUGUGGACCUCGGGGACAACUGGCGAGCCCAAGGGCGUUAUGAUUCAGCACUUUGCUGCUGCGAAUGCUAUGCGUGAUCUUCAGGUUCAGGUCGAGCGGGAUGAGACGGUCGGCCAAGUGCAGACGCUGCAGCUGUCGUCCUACAGCUUUGACGUGUUCGUCCAAGACCUGUUCUUCACGUGGGGCGUGGCUGGUAGUGUGAUUAGUGGUACACGAGAGCUGAUACUUGGCACAUUCACUGAGUUUGUGAACAAGUCACGCCCGACGCACGCUCAUCUCACACCAUCUUUCGGCGCCAGCAUCGACGUUGAGGAAAUUAGAGGCUCAACUCUACAAUAUGUCACUUUUAUUGGUGAGAAACUGACCGAGGACGUUGCUGAGGCUUGGGCUGCGCCAGGGAUAACUACAAAAGCAUACAAUACAUAUGGACCGGCCGAAAAUGCUGUCGUAUCAACUAUGAGACGGUUCUUCGGAAAGAGCCGUGACCAGGCGAAGGCUGCUAAUGUUGGCUUCCCAUUAGCGACUUGCACAGCCUACGUUGUCCGUCAAGUGGAAAACCAAGAUGACGCGCAGAAGAAAAAAUGGGAACUUGUGCCUCGGUAUGGUGUCGGUGAACUUGCUCUCGGCGGUGGUCAGGUGGGCAAGGGAUAUCUCAAUGACGAGGCCAAGACUUCCAGGGCCUUUAUUCAGGGAGGUCACCGCAUUGGUGAGCGUAUAUACCUAACUGGAGACAUGGUGCGCCUCAAUGACCACGGUUUCGAGUUUCUAGGCCGCAAUGACGAUUUAGUCAAGAUUACAGGUAUCCGCAUCGAGCUGAGUGAGAUUAGCGCGGCCUGUGCUACCGUUAAAGAUGCAGAACCGGGUGUCGAGCAUUUGGAGACACUCUACCUGCCCCGUCCCGGGGCCUGUGGUGGCGAUGAUAACCACAAGGUGGUGGUUACCUUUGUCUCCAUCAAGAGAGAUGGUGUAGACACAGCUAGGGUCCGAACGCAGGUUUUCCAAAAAGCGAGGGAAGUGCUGCCAGCUUACAUGAUCCCAGGACACGUGGUUGUACUGGACACUACCAUGCCGCGUACAGCUUCCAAUAAGGUGGAUCGAAAGGCUUUACAAAACAUCUACAAUAAGGCCAACCUCUAUCUGGCUGCAGGUCGGGAGGUUGUAGCUGGUGACCGCUUGGAUUCCAAGGUGGAAUGGCCUGAAGAUCAGCUUCAUGUGGUCAAGGCCAUUGCAGAGAACUUCAAAGUACCAGUCGAGCCCCUUUCCCCGGAUGACAGCUUGGCCAGUCUGGGAUUCAGCUCUCUACAAGUUACCAAGUUGGCUUGGGCGUUAAGACGCCAGUUAAAAUGUACUGUAGGGGUCUUGGAUCUUAUGCGAUGUCAGACUCUUGGCGAACUGGUCGACGUUGUCCUAGGCUCCAUCAAGAAGACAAAAGGGGUCGAGGCGAAGGUUGACCAAGCUUCCGAAGGUUCGUUGGUGAGGCUGCUGAAAAGAAAUCUGACAAAGAAUCUGCACGGAGACAUGCGACCAAAGAGCACGUCCUACAUAUUGCCUGCCACACCAGUCCAGGAAUCACUCCUCGUCGAGACGAUGGUUGAGACAGGAGCGUACUGGUCACACCGCAUCUUUGACCUCAGCCAUAUUUCCCUAGUUGAUAGUUCUCGUCUAAAGGCUUCAUGGUCUUCCGCUGCUACUCAAUUUGAUAUCCUUCGGACAGUCUUUGCGCCACUAUCGGAGCUUUCUGUGCACAAUGACAGCGCUGAGAUCCCAAACACGACUCAAUGGGCUCGCCAGCAAGGAGUCCACGCCACCAUGGUCCAGCUUAUCCUCAACAAGCCCAUCAUUCACUGGACAACACUUUCCAACGCAGAUACAGAAGGUCUAACCACCAUUGCUGAGAAGAUACAAGUGACGUUAGCGCCGCUGGGGACCAACAGAUCUAACCCACCAUGGGCUGUUACCUUCUCUGAAGGGAAUAACAAGAUGAUGCUAAGUAUGCACCACACGCUCCAUGACGGAGUAGCUUCGAGCAUGAUUCUAGAGUCAGUUGCAAGCCUGUACCUUAAUCCGGAACAAAUUUCGGAAACUUACAAUGCCGCCCUGCAAAUGGAAAGGGGUAUGGAACUUGGCCUGUUGCCUUCUAUUUCCCAACGAGAUGAGGCUUUGUCUGCUUGGACUAAACGUCUGCAUGGCCUAGUGGAAGCAGAUGGUGCUCUGAACGGACCGUUUCCUGACCUAACAGGAUCCCGUCAGAAACAAAAACAAACAAUUCUAUCUGUCAAGCAAACCAUCCCUGGCAGGCUGCUUGAGCACCGAGCUGGCGAGCCAGACCUGCCGCGGCUUGUGCAAUCUGCCUUUGGCUGUGCUUUGGCGGGUACCCUCGAGCUGAAAACUAUUGUCCUUGGGCAGACUGUAUCGCAGCGAAUCUUGCAUCCGGACAUUGCUCGAGUCGUGGGUCCUGCGAUGGCCACGUUGCCGGUGAUCGUUCGUGCGCACGCCUCGAGCGCCGAAGAACUCUGGGCCGAUAUGGGCUUUGAUGCUUCUUCUUUGAGUCAAAGUGCCCAUAGACUGCAUCCUGUGGACAUUAAGAAGAUCGUCAACGAGGGCAGCGGACACAGGCACGCUCCCUUCCCAGCCCUGUUCGUCUACCAUCCAACUGCCACCGCUGAUGAUGAUCAUAUCGAUGUUGGAGUGGACAUGUUCCGCGAAAUCGGACAGGCUCUGCCACUCAAUGUCGAGCAUCCUAUGGCCUUGAACAUCUUUGAGGCUGACAGUACCAUCGAGCUAACAGGUGAUGCCCGCCUUAUCUCUCAGCCGAUGCUGGAGCUUAUGCUUGACCAAAUACUGGAUCAGGCUCGCGCCAUGUUAGAUCACCCCAGGAUGCCCUUGAAGCAACUGAGCAACCAUAUGAACCGUGAGCUGAUGUCUAUCUGUGGUAAAAUUGGCAGCCUUGUCGGCACGGACAUUACCAGGAAUCCAGCAGACCUGGUCACUAAACAAGCGGCUGAGCACCCAGACUGGAUUGCCGUCGAGGAAAUCUCCUUAGAAGAUGGUAACGACGAAGACGACCAGAUUGUUAGCAAAGUCCUCACGUAUGCUGAACUGGAGGUGCUUGUUAACGCAAUUGCCACCGCGCUGCGCAGUCACGAAUCGAAGCCUCUGCCCGACGAUGUAGUUGCUUUGUACCUUGGGAGAGAUACCAAGUCUUUGGCUGCCAUUUUGGCUACCUUCAAGUGCGGCUACAUGUAUCUGCCCAUUGACGGGGAUCUUCCCGCGGCUAGGAAACAGCUCCUUGUCCGUGAUGCGAACGCUAAGCUUGUCCUUACUACGCAGGGCUUGGUCGGGGAUCUGAAUUUGGAUUCAAGUAAUGAUCCUCCGGCAUUGUUCCUUCCCGAAGGCGACGACGAGCUGGAGGUGAUUCGGACCUGGCCAAAUGCCUUUUCAAAGGCUGCUAAUGCAAUCACGACAGGAGAGGGAGGGUAUCUCCUGUACACGUCUGGCUCAACUGGCCGUCCUAAAGGUGUCAGUGUCACAAACGAAAGCCUGCUUCACUUUAUCUCUGCCAUGACAAAACGUCUCAUUGAAGCCAAUGUAGACACGGCCCAUCUUGGGGGCGUUGGCAAAUACCUCAAUGUCGCGUCUCGAGCCUUUGACACCCAUCUCACCUCUAUGUUUGCUCCAUGGCAUCUUGGUUUCCGUUCCGUCAUCGGCAAAGACCGUAAUGCCAUUUUUGCCAGCUUGCAACAAGUCAUUAACAAAGUGAAGAUUACGCAUAUGGGAUCUGUACCCUCCGUUCUCAUGCAGCUGGGUUUGCGGCUCGAGGAUGUGCCUUCGAUGAGGGUUCUUACGUUUGGUGGUGAGAAGGCCUCUCACGAGCUCUUUGAGCAAUUGAACACGGGAAACCCCAAAGCGGCACUCAUGAACUUUUAUGGGCCAACUGAGGUGACCAUCGGGUGCUUGAGUCACAUUGUAGGCCCUCACUCCAACUCGCGCAACCUAGGUGUGCCGCUGCGCGGUUUGGAGGCUAUCCUCCUCGUCGCUGGCGAUGACGGCGAGCAAGUCGUUGCCCGCAAGGGUCAGCCUGGUGAAUUUUGCAUUGCUGGGCCUCAGGUAGCUGUUGGGUAUCUUGACAGACCUGAAGAGAAUGCCAAGGGCUUCCAGUACACCAGAUUAUUGGGAGGAGGUGGUGAGAAGCGCAUUUACAGGACUGGCGAUAUCAUGAGGAUGAUGCACGACGGCUCUUUGGAGUUUCUCGGCAGAAGAGACCAACAGACCAAGAUUCGUGGGCAGCGCUUCGAGAUAAGUGAAGUUGAGGCGUAUAUCAAGAAAACUGUUGUCGACCAAGGACCUCUGGACGUUGCUGCCACAGUUGUUGACCAGCGACUGGUGGGCUUCCUGGCGCGCAAGAAGAACACUUUACUCAAGGCAGAGCUUAAUGCUGAGCCUGAACUUCUCGCACAAGACAAUAAGGCCCUUCAAGGUAUGCUCCCAUACAUAGAGCAGGCAUGCCGGGAAGGCCUUCCUGCCUUUAUGGUUCCCGAGAUGAUGUGGGUGUCCAAGAUUCCGUACCUGGCUGCGUCCGGCAAAACCGAUAGCAAAUCCCUUAUCAAGUUGGCCAAUGACUUUAUGGCCCUUCAGCAAGGCUUUCAAGUUAAUGCUACCAGCGCUCCACAUCCAUCCAAAGAACAUGGAGCUACCCCUUCACUGAGCAACGCAGAGUUGGAGGUUGUUGCAGCGCUUCAGGAAGUCGUUGGUUGCCAGGUUACAUGCACUGCCGUUUCAACCAGCAGCAUCCGUAGCCUGGGCAUUGACAGCCUUUUGGGUGUACAUCUGAUCAUGGUUCUUAAGAAGCGCGGCUUUGUUAAGGCUACAAUGGUAGAUUUGCUUUCACCUUCGUGCACAGUAGGCUCACUUGCUCGGACAGCCGGUGCGGAUGUGACAUAUACCAAGAAAAAGACCUCCCCGAUGAAGGAGUUGCUGUCAUGGACUCUCAAUGAUCUUGGGCCCAAUGCGAGCAGUCUGAACGGGGUAAAUGUUGCAGCUGUCCUCCCUUGUCUGCCUCUACAGUCGCCCCUGGUCGCUCUUUCGCUGAAUUGGCUCGACUCCGUGUCAGAUGAAGAGAAUUCGGAGGCAGACAUGGACGUUCCCUACGUGACGCAGUUCAACUAUCAACUUGCGCCUGGCACAGACGUUGCCCAAUGGAAGGCAGUGGCUACCAAAGUUGUCUUCUCGGAAGCCAUACUGCGUACCUGCUUCAUCAGGCGAGAAGAAGAUGGUAAGAUUUUCCAAGUCGUGUUGAAAUCGCCACCAUCACCCUUUGAUGGCAAGGACGAUGCUGCGGCUAUUGUUGCCCAGAUAAGCUCCCAACCGCCUAUCCGUCUACAGAUUCAAUCGGAUCAAGAGUCUGGCAAAAUAAUCGUCUUGUUGAAGAUACACCACGCCUUAAGCAAAGCUGUAGCAUUCGAAAACCAGAGUCUCCAUAGCCUGCAACGCCUUGCUAACCAUUGCCAUCUGACUGAGGAGGAGAUCCAGUCCGUCAAGAGAUCAUGGCAGACCAAGUUGCGCGGUAUUCAGCCCUGCCGCAUUGGUAGAGACACUGAAGAAGGUACCACAGACACCACAGUCCGCGUAAGAAAACAUCUUGCCUACACAUCAACGGAGCUAAAGGCCAAACUACAACAAGGAGAACCCGUAUCCAUGUCCACGGCCUUCCAGCUUGCCACCUCACUCUGCCUUGCAUACCUAACUAAGAGGCCAUCCGUUGCCUAUGGGUUUACCAUGUCUCUCCGCCCCUUGUUGAGACAUGUUACCCAGGAUGUGGAUGACUUUGUCGGGCCAUGUCUUAAUACAGUCGUUCAUACACUUACACUUGAAGGCGCGAGCGAGACGCUGCCUAAAUUAGCACAGAAGGUUCAUCAGGGCCACGUGGAUGCUUGCCAGGGACAUAUGCCGCUCGUUACUGCUGACAAGAUCCAACAAUGGGCUAACCUCAAGGAGAAGCUCUUUGACAGUCUCCUAACCAUCAACGUCAUCCCGACAGAGGACGAGUCCUCUGGUGCAAGAUGUACACCGGGCCACAUGACUCCUCUCCCGGGCAAAUCCAGGGGCGACCUGGCCUUGGCUAUUGACGUCGACCUGCAUGCUGAUGGCAUGAUUGUCUUAUCCCUGGCGUCCGCUGGCGCUAUGACAGAAGCACAGCUUGAAGAAGUUGGAAUCCUUUUCGAGAAGAUUGUCUUCUCUUCUUCGAACAAGGCUGCUACGGUCGAACAGUUCGCAUCCGUGAAAUACGAAACUACUGACCUUGUUUCCAAUGGCAUAGUCAACACGAAAUCCACAAUAUCUAGACCUCAGCCUUUGAGCAAGGGUUUUGAGUCUGCUUUAGCUUGCGUGCAGUCUGCUGCGUGCCACCUCCUACAUUUGGAUGUGGCCGAGAUGCAGGCAAAGAGCCCCGAGACAACAUCACUUUACCAGCUUGGCAUUGAUUCUAUCAAUGUUCUUCCCUUUGUCAAGCUCAUACAUAAGGCCGAGGGGAUAAAACUCGCUCCCAACGCUCUAAUUCGAGCACGCACAGUACAAGGCGUCGCAGCACUUCUUCACCAGGCAAAGAGCCAGAGUGACGUCCUCAUUAUCAACGGUGACAAGAAAGGACGUAAAGAUGGCGAGGUGGUUCGAAGUGACAAGUCCGUGGGUAACCAGGUGCCUUAUGAGCAGACCCUACAGCAGUUGGCAUAUGAUCUCCUCUUCAUUGCCACACCACUUCAAGAGGGCAUGCUAAGUGCGUCCAUGGCCAUUGCAGAGCAGGCAUACAUGUACACCCAUACGAUGCAAUUAUCUCAGGUCGCGCUUGAGCAGGACACACCAAACUUUGAUCAUUUCUUCGCUGCCGUCAAAGAUACAGUGCACGCUUGUGAGAUUCUCAGAUCCCGCUUCAUCUUUACCCAAAAUGACGAUGCGCCGUGGGUUGGCGUUGUCUCACCUACGGAGCAGAGUGAUCUUGUCAACUGGUACGUAUCCAAGGCUGGUUUAGUCCAGCUCACGAUACAUCACGCCCUAUAUGAUGCCGUAUCCAUUCAGGCUGUAUGGCGGCUCCUGAACGAAAACUACAGAAAACGCCUCACAGGCGAGGAAGAGGACCAAGAUGAUCAGCAGGUGGCAGAGUAUCUGUUCCGUUCUUUUGCGAAAUCGUCUGCCCUGGCGCAGAAGAGCGCGGUCGCCUUCUGGACGAGCACAGUCCAUGACUACACGUAUGAGCCUGUUGAGAUUGCAGAGGAAUCUUUGCAUGCUUCGUCGUCCUUCUAUUUCACUUUGGCCGAUACGGAGCUAUUGAGCCUGCAGACCAAGUGCAGAGAGGCCAACGCGACUCUCAAAGCGGCCAUGCAGCUCGGUUGGGCCAAGGUUCUCUGCGAGUCUCUCUAUAAACAAGCAGAUGUCGUCUUUGGAGAGGUCAUUACAGCAAGUGGCGAAGACAGCGAGGCUCUGGUAAUAGGUCCGGUCAUCAACACGAUUCCUGUGCGCCUCAAUUUGACUAGUCAGUCGGGUGCCAGCAGCAUCCACGAGGCCAUGUCUCAACUGCAGACGCUGGGCGACAAUGCCCGGGGCGCGAAUGGAAUGGCGUCUUUGAGGGCGAUUCAGAGAGCCUGGAGAUCAUCAAGGGCUAAUGGCGUCAACACUGCCGCUGGUCUUUUCCAGAGUCUAUUCGUAUUCGACGGUGUCAUCGCCUCAGAGAGAGAGAAGCCAAGUCAAGAUCUUCUCGUACCUGUUCGAAGCCAGGUACAUGACGAUGUGAAGGCUGGAGAGAAAGGACCUGCGUACGAUGACUAUCCUUUUAUCGUUAGUUUCCGCAUCAAAGACGGAACCCUACACGGCGCAUUGCGAGCUAAGUUGAGUGAGGAGAAAGUGAACGACCUAGGUAAGCUGCUGGAGAAUGCUUUGCGAUACCUCGCGUCGGAGAAGCUGCAAAUUUCGGUGCUGGAUCUUGCACAUCUACACUUGGCGGAUAUUUCGAGGGCGAAUGAAUCUGAACCCGCAAAGAAUAUUGCGAAUACGAACACCAGUGGGGUCGACAUGAAUGCCUUGACGGGACAAGCUGAUGCUGUUCUGGAAAUCGUAAAGGAGGUCGUUAGGGUUAAGAUCAGAUGGAAGGGCAUUGGGUAUAAAACUAAGUUGGUUAAUAUUGGACUAGACUCCAUCUCGGCCAUCCGUUUCUCCAAGAUCUUGAAGAAGAAGUUAGGCCUCCGUGUGAGCGUUUUUGAGAUCAUCAGAGGUGCUAGCGUGGAAGACAUUGCCAGAAAAUCGGCAUCCGUGGAGAUGAAUGGGUUUCAGCAACCAAAUGGACAGCUCCCUAUAUAUCAAGUCCGAGGUCUCGAAGGAUUGGUGGCCGACAAGCUUGGUCUGGUAGAGAAACAGAUCAAAUCUGUUUCGCCCGUCCUUUCAGGACAACGACAUACCUUGCAGCAGUGGCUACACAACGGAAAAAGAUUCUUUGAAGCUCCAUGGGUCUAUCGCAUCCACGAUGAAUCCGUCGGCACAGAGAAGGUCGCGAGCUAUUGGGUACGACUCAGUCAAGUACACGAGAUUUUGCGAACUACCUUUGUUUACACGGGCGAUACUUCUCCGCAGCUGGUGCAAGUCACUCUAGACGAGAGCGUCUCUGUGGCCUCGCGCUUCUCAAUGGUUUUGGACACCACUAUCUCUAUUCAGGAGUUGAUACAAAAGCACGUCCGCGAGGGCAACGCCAAGCCGUCCAAUCUAAAGGAACCUCCGGCUCGUCUUUCCCUCCUCAAGUCCUUUGACGGAAUAGCAGUCGUUUUUCGGGUGCACCAUGCCUUAUACGAUGCCUGGAGCAUCAAGAUGAUCCUGAAGGAUCUUACUCGCCUUUUUGCCAAUGAGUCCUUGCAGCCUCAUCCAUCUAUCCAGCUUGCUGUUCGAGAAAUCACCAAUUUCAGGCAGCCGGAAGCCGAAAAACAGUACUGGAAGAUGUACCUAUCCGAGGCGCAAGACACAAUCGUCCAUUCCGGAUCGGUGACAAUGACCCGACUCGGGCCACACUUCAAGGCAGCCUACACAGAUAUCCUGCCACGAGAUGUCGCUGAUGGCCUUGACUGCGCUACUAAUAGCAAGGCAUGCACAUCUGCCGCAAUUAUCAUUGCUUAUGCUCACGCACUCGGCGAAUUGACUGGUUGCGUACAGCCUAUAUUUGGCUUGAAUCAUUCAUCGCGUUCCUUGACUUCCGCCAAGGGGGAACACACUCUCGACCUCACGGCUAUGAGCGUUCCAACCAUGGCCGUGGUACCACUGACCGUGGACUUAAAGGCGCGAUCUAAGCAGCAACUAUUCGAAGCUGUACAGGACCAUCUAGCCCAACUCACCAAAUUCGCGCAGGCCGACAACCUGCAAAAGUUGUCCCCCAAGUUCAACUCCUACAUCAAUAUCCUCUACUCGAAUGAGGACGUCGAGGUUGAAUCGCAAAGCCUCAAGAAGGCGCAGGUGUUGCAGCGUCACAAGCUCGGGGAGCCUUUGGCUUCCGAGUAUUUUACCCAGACUGCACCGUCAUCAAUUGUUUCGACUGUCGAUGGUCUGGACACAUCUGCCAUGCACGACCAGCAGUUCUACUUUAAUAUCUUGGUCCACCAGAACGGAAAUAUUAGUGUUAAUGUGAGUGGCAACGAGGACUUUCUACGAAGUGAUCAGAGUUUUGUCACCAAGUUCAUGGAGAAUUUUGGCAGAGAGUUGUGGUUUUCGAAGCCAACUGGGCAGAAGGUGUUCUGGAAUGAUACGAGUGUAACCCCAGGAAUUGCGGAUGGAUAG